AUGUUGAUUGUUCAAUCUGAGUUGUGUCAAAAAGAUGUAAUGAUUGCUGAAUUAACGAGAGAAGUUAGAAAUUUGAGGAGUCGUGUUCGAGUAAGUUAAAAUUUGGCGGCAAAGCUCUUACCAAAAAAUCCAGUUUAUUUUUUCAAAUAGAUAAACCACAUGUCAUUAUAACAUUUUCAUUUUAUAGUUGAAUGAAGAAGAUAUUCAUGAACUUGAAUCGAGGAUGAGUGCUAGAAGACAAUCAGAUGCAGGCAAGAUUUUUGAAUUGGAGCGCUUGGCACAUGUCAACAAAAAAAGAAAUUGCCUCGUUGAAAAAUGAAGUUAAAAGCCUUCAAACAUUGGUCAAAUCAUCGGAAGAAAAUGAAGAAAGACUGCAAGGAAAUCGAAAUUCACCACAAAUGCAAUUGGAAACCAUGGAGAAGAGUUUGGUAAGUUAACUUGAAAUUUGAAUAGUUUUAAAGCAUCUUAUGUUAUAGAUAGUAUUUGUCGCAAAGUUAAAGGCUUCCCAAAACUAGUAAAGCCUCCAAGGGAUUUUUUCUAAAAAAAAAAUCCUCUGGAGCUUUUACUAUUCAAAGGGGGUCCGCACAGCGAAAAAAAAUUAUUUUUUCUGUUUCCGUGUGGUACGGUGCGCAAAACAGAAAGUGUUUGCACACAAAAAGGAAAAAAACAAAAAACAAAAGGGGAGAACACACAAAAACCGUGCGCACAUGCAAUAAUAUUGCAGAAAGACGCUGCCAGGGGUUGCGUGUGGAAAACUCCGCCUAUUUUUUUUUUGAAUUUCCGCAACGAAUUUUUUGUGUACAAAAAAAUAAUUUUUUUCGCUGUGGUCCGAUCUUUUGAGCAAAUAGAAUUUUGUGUCUUAUCCCCCUUUAAUCAUGAAAAUCACCCAAAUCUCUUGUUUUUCUAGGUUGAAAAGCCGUUUCCGGAAGCAAAAGAUCAGCCAUGCGGAAACCUCGGUGUCGACACGAGAGAGAUGUAGAAAUCUCAACAGUGAUGCAGCUUCAAGUCAAUCAGUUUUGGCACCUUUUUCUUCAGAACAUGAAGCGAAUUCUGUAUCAAAUAAUAGUAAUGUUGUUUUUGAAAGAGUUGGGAAUGGAGACGAAGGUGCAACAAGUUUGGGAUUCGAAGCGGAAGAGCAGGUAGGCAAUUUUUCUGAAUUAAAAAUUGAGUUAAAACAAGUUUUUACUUUUUGCAGAUUGAAAAACACGAAUUGCAUCGGGCCAAAUCGAAAUCUAAGGCAUCGGAACAAAAGAUUGAAUGUAAUGCAUUCAAUAUUCGAAAAAUUGCAAUGAAAAAGAAACCGAAAGAAGGAGAAUUGGAUAAGCGAGCAAAUAAAAUCGAUGAAAUCCAACUUGAUGACAAAGAAACUGAAUCGAAUGAAAAUCCGUCAACUUCUCAGGAAAAUGAAAGACGCCGACAAAAUGAUUUUCCAGUUUGAAGAAAAACAUCUGCACCAAAAUUGGAUCAACAAAAUGGAAAUGGUUCUGGAAACGAUGCAAAUUUGGCAAUGGAUAAUGAAGAAAAAGAAACCAAUAAUGGAAUGACGGAAGAAUUGAGAAACGAAUGGGCGAACAAUUGGAAAGAAUUGAAAGGUAUGUUUUUUCUGGUAUUUCUCUUUACCAAUGCAACCAUUCUAACGGUUAAUCAAUUAUGAAACCAAACAUUUUUUGAUAAUCGUCAAGAAAUACUUGAAAAUCAUAAAAUCACAAAUAUCCCCUUGAACAGAAACAAAAGUUUUGUUGAUCAGAAUAUUCACAUUUUUCUACACAUUGUUCCUUAUUAAUCAAAGUUUUUUACAGAAAACGAAGAAUUCGCGGACAUUUUCACAACCAACGAAAAAGAUGUUAUAUCGGAAAAUUUUGAGACCACGCCCACUGUGUGA